GAUGUUCUAACUCAGUGUCACUGUCCCUAACCAAAUGUCAUUAAUAUAAGAUUGAAUUAAAUGUACACGUAAGAUCGACUGAUAACCAAUGACGUCUUUUCUCUUAAUAGCAUUUAAACAUCAUUUAAAAAUAAACGACUUACAAAAGACUGUUGGUUUUACGCAUAAUAUUAAAAUAUUUAUAUGGAAGACUUUAACAAAAUAUUUUACAAAUAAUCACGAAUUUACGACAUACUAAAUCUUAUUUAAAUGUUCUUCUAUUAUUUUGUUUUUUUAAACGAUUAUGCUUAAAUCACUGUCUUGUGAAUUUUUUGAAGAAUUUUAUUGAGAUAAAAGUUGGAAACUUCAAUGAAAUUUAGCCACUGAUUUUCGAUGCUUAAAGUACUACGAAAUAUAACAAUUCUUGCUGCCUUAGCUCUCUCAUUGACUAAGGCAUCGCAUAAAAAGGGUCUGGCGGUUUCAGAUGGUGACAGGCGGCAUAGACGUUGUGGGGAUGAAAAAGUUUUCAACAAUGUCCAUUGGUGGUAUGACUGGCAUACAUAUCCUUGGAAGCACACCCUCCAUAAGUGUUCUCAUAAUCUAAAACAUGGUUAUGUACCUAUGGUGUGGGGAUGGAGACCAGAUGUUGAUACGCCUAUUCAUUUACUCUCACGAUCAAAAUAUGUCCUUGGAUUUAACGAACCAAACCACGAGAAACAGUCGAAAAUGUCACCACGGGAAGCUGCAAGACACUGGAAAGUUCUCCAAAUGAAGGCACAUGGCAAAAUACUUGUUAGCCCAGCCGUAGCUCCAUGCGCAAGUUGUGAAUAUGGACCAAUCGAAUGGCUCGACGAAUUUUUCAAGUUGUGUCGUCAUUGCAGGGUCGACCAUAUUGCAACACAUUCCUAUCGAUGUGAAGCCAGCGAGACAAUGGUGUAUUUGAAUCAAUUGUGGGAGAGGUACAGAAAACCAAUAUGGCUGACAGAAUUUGCGUGUCCACAAGAUAAAUCUGCUGCAGAUCAACUUCAGUUUAUGAAACAAAUUUUACCUUUACUGGAAUCAGCAGAUUAUGUGUUCCGAUACUCAUGGUUUGUCAGCAGAAACACUGAAAAUUUGUUUACAACAAAAGCCGUUAGUCUCCUCCACCAAAACUCUAAUGAAUUGACAACUCUAGGCAAAUAUUACAAUGAUUUUGAUGGUUGAUCUAAGUAAAUGAUAUUAUUAAUAUUCUUGAUUUUCGAUCAUGUCUUUAAAUAUCAAUUAAUUUCAUUUAAUUUUUAUUUCCACUUGUUUAAAUGAUAUUAAAUUCCCUGAACUCUUAUGAAAUCUGUCUGUCAAUAUGAUGAUUUGUUUUUCUCAUCACCUUCUUCAAUAAAUAUGCAACCUACAAAAAGUUGAGGUGUAUAAUA